UCUCUUCACGUUGUCUUCCGGUGCCUAUUUCUGUCAAAAUGGCCCGUCCACUCCCAUUUAAAAUUGCAGCUGUUUCGACCGUUUUGUUUGUCGUGUGCACGAAUUUUGUAUUUUGUAAUAAUGGCAGAAGGGUUGGUGACGUCAUGGAGACUGAAUUCAGUGGGUUCUCUGUACCACUUGAACACUCAUUUGAAGUUGCUGAUGUCGCAAAGUUUCGGGUGCGUGGAGCACUGAUGUUGAAAGCUGGAAGGGAGCCCAGCGUCUCCCUCACUCAGAGCCAGCUGUCAGAGGAAGACAGAGCCAAACUAAAGGAAGUGGCUGCAGUGGACGGACUGUACAGAAUCAGAGUGCCGCGUGUGUUCCUGCAGGCGGACAGACAGACCGAGCGGCAGAUGGAAGGUUACCUCACAGCAUUCGUCAGAGCCUGUGCCAUGGUUGAGUCCCAUCUGAGCGAUGUCAUCUCCCUCCACACUGACGUCUCUGGUUACGUCAUCGGUGUUUCCAUAGUGACGUUACCCGGAGCCUGCAGGGGCACUGAGGUUGAGGAUGAAGUCGAUCUCGAGGUUUUCAACACCACACUCAGCCUCAUGGCUCCUGUCAAUGCACCAGGACCUGAGACGGCUCUGUUCGUUGAACAAAUGGAAAUAGAAACUGAGAAGAAAGGGAAGAAUCCACAGGAGCAGAAAUCUUUCUUUGCUAAAUAUUGGAUGUACAUCGUGCCUCUCGUUCUCUUCCUCAUGAUGUCUGGUGCUCAGGACCAAUCGGGUGGAGGAGCCGCAGGCGGAGCAGCCAAUGGCGGUGGCCGAUGAUCAACAAUCAAAUAACACGUUUUUUUGAACAUUUCCUGAACUGUAGUUCUCUUGAGCAGAUUUUAAUUGCUGUACAUAACAUUAUUUAAGUAGGAUGACUGUCUGUCACACACACAACUUAAACUUGUUCAGCACAGAGGAGAUAUUGAGCCCUGCUGAUGACUACAUUUUUAAUACUAAUUAAUUAUAAUUUAAUACUAAUUCUCUCUACGUCACUCAGACUGGAAAGUUUUAGACUCAUAGUUUUACUCUGAGGCUCGGGUUUAGUUUUAACACAAGUAAAGUCAAGUAAAACUAAAUAAGCAGUAGAAGUGAUCAGGAAAAGUCAGAUUAAUUAAGGAAAAACAUUUGAGACUACAUGUUGUAAAAUAUUCAUUGUUUUCGAUAAUGAUGCUCUGAGAAAAAAACUAAAUAAAGUCACAUGAAAGUGUA